AUGAAGUUCCCUACCGCGCUCUCCCUCUUCAUCUCCGGCGCAGCCAUCGCUUCGGCCCUUCCUUCUUCCGGUGAAACUGUCGAGGCCAACUGUGUCAUGCCAUACCUGUGCUGUGGCGAGCUCAAAACACCUCUUGAUCCUAUUGUUGAUCCAAUUCUGGAGGAGUUGGGAAUCAACGCUGCAAGCAUUGUUGGUUCCAUUGGCCUAGCCUGUCAUGCCUGGGAUAAAUCUUGCGAAACUGGGCCUAAGUGCUGCACUGAAGCCAAUCUCUUGGGUGGCACAGUCGCUCUUGGGUGCUCGGACCUCGUCACUGAGCCUUAG